AAAACACACUCACUUUCAGUGGCUCAACAACUUUGUUUGAUUUGUGUGUUCCUUUACCUUCAUGAAGCUUUUUCAUUUGCUUCUUCUCAUGCUCCUCCUUAUUCUUCACAAACCCAUUUGGAUUCUUGCCUCAUCUAACAUAGCUGCUUCUUCUCCAGGUGUUGCAGUGGAGGGUGAACAGCACCAAAUGGAUUCGCACAUGAAAAUGAUAAUUGCUCUAGCCAUUGUCAGCACUUCACUUGGUGCAGUGCUUUUGUGUGUGUUAUGCUUCUGGAUUUAUCACUCCAAGUUUCCUUCAAAACCCAGCAAGAAAAACAUUCAAAGUUCAGAUGCUGAGAAAGGGCUUUCUUUAGCUCCAUUUUUGAGUAAAUUCCGGUCUGUGAAAAUGGUUGGGAAGAAAGGGUGUGUUCCAAUAAUUGAUUAUAAGCAAAUUGAAAAGGCCACAGGAAAUUUCAAGGAAAGUAACAUCUUGGGUGAGGGUGGAUUUGGAUGUGUUUACAAGGCUAGUUUGGAUGAUAACUUGGAUGUUGCAGUGAAAAAAAUGCACUGUGAAAAUCACUUUGCUGAGAGAGAAUAUGAGAAUGAGGUCAAUUUGUUGAGUAAAAUUCAACAUCCAAAUGUAAUUGCUCUGCUUGGGUGUAGCAGUAAUGAAGAUACAAGGUUUAUUGUCUAUGAGUUGAUGCAAAAUGGGUCAUUGGAAACUCAAUUACAUGGACCUUCUCAUGGCUCAUCAUUGACUUGGCAUAUGAGGAUGAAGAUUGCUCUUGACACAUCAAGAGGAUUAAAAUAUCUGCAUGAACACUGUUACCCUCAAGUGAUCCAUAGAGAUCUGAAAUCUUCUAAUAUUCUUUUAGAUGCAAACUUCAAUGCAAAGCUUUCUGAUUUUGGUCUUGCCAUAACCGAUGGGUCCCAAAAUAAGAAUAACAUCAAGCUUUCAGGCACAUUGGGCUACGUAGCACCAGAGUAUCUUUUAGAUGGUAAAUUGACUGAUAAAAGUGAUGUGUAUGCUUUUGGAGUUGUGCUUCUGGAGCUUCUAUUAGGAAGGAAGCCUGUAGAAAAACUGGCACCAGCUCAAUGCCAAUCUAUUGUCACAUGGGCCAUGCCACAACUCACUGACAGAUCCAAGCUCCCAAACAUUGUGGAUCCUGUGAUUAGGAAUACUAUGGAUCCCAAGCACUUGUACCAGGUUGCUGCUGUGGCUGUGCUAUGCGUGCAACCAGAGCCAUGUUACCGCCCCUUGAUUGCAGAUGUUCUCCACUCCCUCAUCCCUCUUGUACCCGUUGAGCUUGGAGGAACACUUAGAGUUUCGCAAGUAACACGACAAGUCUUACCAGCUGAUCCACCUGAGAAUUCUAGUCAAUGAUAGCCACCAUCAUUUGAAGACAGAAAAAUGCUUAACAACACUCUCCAUAACACUCUUUCAACACAUUCUCUUCGUGGUUAAAUUUCAUAGGAAGUUUACAUAUUGUUCCGAGUUGUGACUCUUAUGAACUUCAAUCAAUAAAAAUGUGUUGAAAAUGUGUUAAGGAGAUUGUUACUAGCACAGUAGCACCCUCCUUUGAAACAAUUUCACACAAUGAGAAUCCAUGGCAUGUUUCGCGAAGCUGCCAAACCACUGAGGCUUGGAAUUACAAACUGAUACACAAUAAUCAGAAUGUCUGUGCAAUAUACACAGCCUUGGAGUUUGACCGCAACAUAGAAAGAUGCAUUCACAAGGAAAGAAGUUAGGUGAUGCUGGUGAAGACUGAAGAGCAUUGGGUUGCUGGUGACAAAUGUAAAGAAUUUUAGUUUAACUUUCAUGGCAUUUGUGUAUAGAGUGGUGAUUUUGUGGAACAUGGAACUGUUCUGUUUCUUUUAUCAUAUUUCCUAUACUAUAUAAUAAAA